UUGCUAGGCAAUGAGCUUGGCGUGUCAACUGGCAGCGACAGUCACGUGUUGGUGGCGGAGCCUGCGCUUAGGGUGUAAGAAGGCUUCUGUAACGAUCCCUUGUAAGGACAGCACCUGGUGUAGAGACUAUCGCCGACAUGUGUGAAGGAGCAUCUCGGCUGUCCGGGCCGAUUCCUCCCGACCCCACGCUGUUUCCCGACUACUACAGGAGGCCGGCCUCAGCCCGGGGGCGCCUGGAGGGGACUCAUGAUGUCAAGCUGGAUUUCCUGUCAGGACCAUUGGCUCCAGAUCCCACAUUAUAUCCGACCUGUUACAGUGCCAGGCCUGCCUGCCCCAUACCCAGAAUACGUCCCAAUGCCAGGGACAUCUUGGAAAGGGGGCAGAGUGGCACAGUGGGCGUCCUCCUGAAGCUAGAGGGAAUCUCUCUCCACACAGUGUCACCCCCUCCCAAAAAAGACAAGGACCACGGCAAAGAGAAUGUGCAUCGCAUGAGGGAGAUCCAGAAGCGCUGUAAGGAGAAGGAGAUGGAGAAGACACAGGGGGCGCCUAAACCAGUCAAGGCUCUAUGGAAGUCACCCAAAUAUGAACUGGUGGAGUCAAAGGUCAAAGCCAAACUCCAGGAACUACCACCGCCCCCAAAGGCAGUGCAGGCAAACUUCCUAAAGUCCCAUACCCGGUGUGGUGCAGGAUCACCACCUAAGAGAUGUCCCUCACCAGGACCCCAUAGACCCACCAGCGCCGGCGAUGAGCUGAAGAUCCGUGGCUCCAGCAUUGACUUUGUAUCCCAUAAUGCAAGAAGUGUGAAGAAGGUCCAGAUGAGGCGCUCUCACUCCUUACAAAACCUAACCGAGGUCCUGCAGGAGAAGCAGCGGCAGCAGCAGGAGUAUGACUCCAAGCAGAAGGGACACGUUCCUCAGUACCUUCUGGAUCUUAAAGAGAAGUGGAAGAAGGAGCAGGAGGAACAUAAGAAGCAGAUCCCUGACCCAUCUCUCCCACCCGGACACACAAUGAUGCCAGAACGUGAGCGACAAGAAACACUCAAUAAAAUCAAGGAGACCCAGUCCCAGCUGCUCAAGGAGCUGCUGAUGCUUCCAGUCCGAGCAGACAACCUCAGCAUUCAGAACCGACGCACAGAGCUGGAGAAGAAGCUGUCCGAGAUUGAGGAAGCCAUUAAAGUAUUCACCCGUCCAAAGGUCUUUAUCAAGAUAGACUCGUAAUAUGUCAUGUACCAAGAUUCCGGUCUCAUUUCUUGGAGGACUAUUCUGCUGGACUUACCGGCGCAUGAGCUAUUUCACCUACAAUUUCACAGAACUGAACUUAUCUGCUGCUCGCACCCGGUGGACAGAUAAUUGUGCUUUUUAUAAUCUGUAAAGUGGAUUGGAGUGAAGAUUAUUUAUUUUAUUCCUAAUAAUUUUAAUAUAAAGUGAAAAAUGAUGGAAAUGAUUUAUAAAAAAAAAAAAAGUAGUGUACACGAGAAUUAAAUGUGAUUCUGUACUCUUAA